GACAGUUUGUUGUCAAAGCGUCCUUUAAUAUUAAGUCUUCCGAGAUGAUGAAGCGCCGCAUUUCGAUGGCAAAACAAUUUGGCAUUUCAACGAUACUGCUCCUGUUCUUUUGUGAAGGAUACGCUGAAUCGGUUUUCGAGCGUUACUGGGAAAAUAUCCAAACGACCUUUUAUGGGUCGUUACCAGAGCCAGAAUGGGGUAACUGCACACCUUCCGAUUAUCUGUUGUGUACACAAAUAAGAACAAACGAAUCGGCCACAACUGCAAUGAUUCGCACUCAUUAUUUCAACGGAACUAAUUACGAUCACGCUGCUCAAAUAUCGGACUAUAUCCGUUACGUAGGGCGACCGCUUAUAUAUUGCAUUGGGUUGAUUUGUAAUACACUUACAAUAUGUGUUUCUGCCCGAAAAGAACUUCGGCGUGUAGCGACUUGUCAGUUUCUGAUCGCCGUAGCGGUGGCGGACAUACUGAUAUUGAUAAAUGGUAUUUUUUACUGGAUUGAAUACGAGCUCUUAAUCCGUGUGAUGACGGACAGUGAAGUGAUAUGUAAAAUAACUGUAUUCACGGUGUAUUGCGGACCUCAAAUCAGCGCGAUUACUUUGAUUGUCAUGAGCAUCGAGAGACUUGUGAGAGUCAUUGACGCCCCAGCUCACGACAGGUGGUUUUCAAUUAAGAAGACGCGUUUGUAUAUCGUGAUUAUUGUCCUGGUCAUGGUAUUCUUGAAUAUUGUUAUAUUCUUCUCAAACAUAUACUUUGAGGAAUGCUGUAAGAAGGUUUGCUGGAAUAUAUACCACGAUAGCAGGGAAAUACUGGAACUCCACGAUGAAAGGUGCAAUAACUGUACUACUGGCUGUGAUGACUGUGGCUUACCAGGGAUGUUGGAGUUCUACAAGGUCUACAAGUGGGUGGCAUUUGUGAUAUACUGGGCCUUGCCGUUCUGCUGUCUUCCUGUUAUCAACGGCUGGUUACUGUACGAGGUAUACUUAGCAAGGAAAAGAUCACAAAGAAUUGAAGAAGAGAAAAGCUUGCCCAUCCAUUUCUCCGGAUCUAGUGAUGAUGGUGACUCCGAAGGCGAAGAGGAAAGGGAAAAGGCGGAAAAAGAAGUCACCAUAAUGUUGGUCCUAGUCACGGCAUCGUAUUGUAUUUUGACAACGGGAUUUAAUUUUAUACAGGCUGGAGUUAUUGACGUUUACGGCGCUCAGAGUGAGGCAGAUCUAAUUAAGAAUUCUUACGUGUUUUCUGUUUUCAUUCUUCUUUUUUACUUGAAUCAUGCAUCAAAUUUUUUUCUCUACUGUAUUAGUGUCCGGCCUUACCGCGAGGAAUUAAAAUGUAUGUUGAAGCCUUUCUACGAGUGCAUCAGGAAGCCAUUUCGUAAAAUUUCAUGCGGCGUCUGUAGACGGAGGGAUGAAGGUGAAAACGACACAGACGAAACCCCUAUUCAAAUGAGCGAAAGUAGCAGAAGUUCUUAUGGGGCGUGUGAUUAGGCGAAAUAGUGAUAAACUGUUGGUAAAUCUAAAUAAAUAGUAACUAUGACGA